AUGAUACAACAGCACCCUGCCCUUGUUGCAACAGGCUGUUGCAACACUUUGCUGCUGCUUCUACCUACAGCUAUAGCACGUCGGACACUGCCGAACGCGCCUACAUUCUCGGUCAUCCCCGGCCUCUCCCGUCGUCGCCAGCAGCGCGCUCGGGACGCUCAUCGUCGUCCCGCCUCCCGCUCCCCGACGCGCACCCACGUGCAGCCCGCCGCCCCGACCCGACCCUUCCCACGCCCAUCCCGCCGCGUCCUCCGCCCGCCGCCAUCCCGACGCGCGCGCUCGGUGCGUUCCCACGCUCUGCUCGCCUCCACAUCGUCCCCGUUGCCCGCACUCGCCAUCGUGCACACGCGCGCUCGCCGCUCUCGCGCGCAUCUCGGCAAAUGCCGAGACCGCGCCGAGAACGGUUCACGCCUCGGCUCGCGGGCGAGCACCUGCUCCUCACUCCCCCGUGCGCGUGUCGGCCGUCGGGUUGCGCGUAUCCAGCCACUGCUGGAUACGCCAGCUUGCCCGUCGGACGCGCGCGCUCGAUGCGUUCCCACGCCCCACUCGCCACUCCGAGGCGAGCCCAGCCCUGCGCUCGCGACUGCACGUGCAUUCGCGGGGACCAUGCGUGCGUUCUCGGCAGAUGCCGAACUCGCGCCGAGCGCAAGUCGCGGCCCACCUCGCGCUCGCGCAGCUGCGCGCCGCUCCGCUGCGCACACCGGUCGUCGGACUGCACGCACUCAGCCAUCGCUGGGUGCGCCGACUCGCCCAUCGGACGGCGCCGUGCCGCCCCUAGCCCCUACACGCGCCGAUGCCGUCGAUGCGCGACGCGUCGCGCGAGCACGUGGUUGGCCACGCAACAAACCCGCAUCGCAGCGGAUAGCGGCGCUUCCCCGACGUCGGCGGGAUGCUGCCGGCGCCCUCCCUCGCGUUGCGGUCUCAUCCACGCUCACGUCGAAUGAUGCCGAGCGCAGGCAGGGCUAUGCCGCUGCUGGCCAUGCGCGCACGCUGUUGAGCGCGAAAGGGCGAAAUGAGGGGGAGGUGAAUGUGUCGGAGGAGCUGGAGAGGUACGAGAGGGACGAGAGGAAAGUGGAGGGGAAGGAUGGGAUCGAGGUGGGGUGCACGCGGGCUGGAGGGUGCGCGAAGGUGGUGGACGAGAGCAAGAGGCUGCGCAGCAACGCGGCCGAUUUUUUCCGGGACCGGCACGUGACCCGGAAUUCCGGUUCGGCGAGCCGCGCCGCCGCCGCCACCGCGGACUUUUGCGACUACCAGCGUCUUCCCCUCCCCCAACGAGAAGUCAAAGUAGGAGAGGUACACCGUAAUGAGUAA